GCAAUCUUUAGUUUUCUUUAGAAAUCAAAUUCCUAAUUCAAAAUUUCGUCAUCCUCGAAAAAAUAUCUUUUCCAAUCUUUACGUGACACUUUGGUUGUAACCACUAUGACGGACUCGAAGUAUUUUACCACCACCAAAAAGGGUGAAAUAUUUGAACUGAAGUCUGAACUCAACAAUGACAAAAAAGAGAAGAAGAAGGAAGCUGUCAAAAAGGUUAUCGCUUCCAUGACUGUUGGUAAGGAUGUCUCAGCCCUGUUUCCUGAUGUCGUGAAUUGCAUGCAGACCGACAACCUAGAGUUGAAGAAGUUGGUCUACUUAUAUCUGAUGAACUAUGCCAAAAGUCAGCCAGAUAUGGCUAUCUUGGCAGUCAACACCUUCGUCAAGGAGCUAACGACAUCUCCGAUGACAAAGGACUGCGAGGAUCCAAAUCCACUGAUUCGGGCGUUAGCCGUUCGCACAAUGGGUUGCAUUCGAGUUGAAAAGAUCACCGAGUACCUGUGCGAACCACUCAGGAAGUGUCUGAAAGACGAAGAUCCAUAUGUUCGAAAAACAGCCGCUGUUUGUGUCGCGAAACUUUAUGAUAUUAAAGCGUCUCUCGUCGAGGAUCAAGGAUUUUUGGAUCAGCUCAAGGAUCUUCUCUCCGACAGCAAUCCUAUGGUUGUGGCGAACGCAGUGGCCGCCCUUUCCGAAAUCAACGAAGCCAGUCCCAGUGGUCAGCCGUUGGUCGAAAUGAACGCACAAACCAUAAAUAAACUUUUGACAGCUCUGAAUGAAUGUACAGAGUGGGGUCAGGUCUUUAUACUCGAUUCCCUCGCAAAUUAUUCCCCAAAAGAUGAUCGCGAGGCACAAAGUAUCUGCGAAAGAAUUACUCCUCGUCUCGCACACGCAAACGCCGCAGUUGUGCUUUCUGCCGUCAAGGUCUUGAUGAAGUUGAUGGAAAUGCUACAAUCCGAGUCGGAUUUCGUGGGAACUCUUACUAAAAAACUUGCCCCGCCACUUGUAACUCUUCUGAGUUCUGAACCCGAAGUUCAGUAUGUCGCUCUCAGGAACAUCAACCUGAUUGUUCAGAAGAGACCUGAUAUUUUGAAACACGAGAUGAAAGUUUUCUUUGUCAAGUACAACGAUCCGAUUUAUGUCAAACUCGAGAAGUUGGACAUUAUGAUCCGAUUGGCAUCGCAAGCCAAUAUCGCCCAAGUUCUCUCGGAAUUGAAGGAAUAUGCAACCGAGGUUGAUGUUGACUUCGUCCGGAAAGCUGUACGAGCAAUUGGCCGAUGCGCAAUUAAAGUCGAACCAUCAGCUGAGAGAUGUGUGUCUACUUUGUUAGAUCUGAUCCAAACAAAGGUAAACUACGUAGUCCAGGAAGCGAUUGUCGUGAUCAAGGACAUUUUCCGAAAAUACCCGAAUAAAUACGAGAGCAUAAUUUCCACCCUUUGCGAAAACUUGGACACUCUCGACGAGCCAGAGGCGCGGGCUUCCAUGAUUUGGAUAAUCGGAGAAUACGCCGAGCGAAUCGACAACGCCGACGAAUUGUUGGAGAGUUUUUUGGAAGGCUUCCACGACGAGAACACACAAGUUCAGUUGCAAUUGCUCACGGCAAUUGUCAAAUUAUUCUUGAAAAGACCCACCGACACACAGGAAUUAGUCCAGCAGGUUCUCAGUCUGGCAACUCAGGAUUCUGACAAUCCCGAUUUGAGAGAUCGCGGAUUUAUUUACUGGAGAUUGCUCAGUACUGAUCCAGCAGCUGCGAAGGAAGUCGUCCUGGCUGAAAAACCUCUCAUUUCCGAGGAGACGGAUCUUUUGGAACCGACUCUUUUGGACGAGCUGAUCUGUCACAUAUCAAGUUUGGCGUCCGUUUAUCACAAACCACCGUCCGCCUUUGUUGAAGGCCGUUCUGCCGGUGCGAGGAAAUCUCUGCCGGCGAGGAGCAAUUCUAACGAAGACGCGAUUCAAAGAGCAUCACAGGGUCAGGCCCAAGUCAUUCCCACCCAGGAAUCACUCAUUGGCGAUCUUCUCAGCAUGGAUAUCAGCGGACCUUCAGCUACACCAGCUGCACCAGCCUCACAAACAGGAUUAGGUUUAGACCUCCUAGGUGGUGGUUUGGACGGAAUUUUGGGAGCUACUGAAACACCCCCCGUUCCAGUUGUAUCUCAAACAACCACAGGACUCCUAGGAGACAUUUUCGGGUUCACCCAGGGUCCAAUUGCCUACGUAGCACCUAAAGUAAAUUGGUUACCUGCAGAGAAGGGCAAAGGAUUCGACAUUUGGGGAACCUUCUCGAGAAAGAAUGGACAGAUAAGUAUGGACAUGACAUUCACAAACAAGGCGAUGCAACCGAUGGGAGCUUUCGCCAUUCAAUUGAACAAAAACAGUUUUGGCUUGACGCCAGCGGCUCCUCUCCAGGUUCCAAGUCCUUUGGCACCCGGAGCAAGUAUAGAAGUCAGCGUGAUAUUGUCGACUUCCGGCGCCGUGCAACGUAUGGAGCCUCUUAACAAUCUCCAAGUCGCCAUCAAGAAUAAUAUCGACGUUUUUUACUUUGCUUGCUUAGUUCCCAUGAACGUCUACUUCACCGAAGACGGCCAGCUUGAUAAGCGAGUGUUCCUUUCCACCUGGAAAGACAUUCCCGCACAAAAUGAGGUUCAGUAUACUUUAACCGGAGUGAUGUCGACUGCGGACCAAGUGGUUCAGAAAAUGCAGCAAAACAAUAUCUUCACUAUCGCAAAACGAAACGUAGAAGGACAGGAUAUGCUUUAUCAAUCUCUCAAAUUGACAAAUAAUGUUUGGGUUCUGAACGAAUUAAAAAUCCAGCCAGGAAAUCCCGAUGUGACGCUUUCUCUAAAAUCCCGUACAGUCGAAGUUGCUGCUGGAGUAUUCCAGUCGUACAACGCGAUUAUUCACUCGUAAAUCCCGAAAUCAUUCCGCGAGCAAUCAUGUUUGCAUGUGUAUAAAAUUUAAGAGAAAAAAAA